AUGCCAACGCUGCAGAACAUGCCUACCGUGGCAAUGUGCGAAGCUUGCAGCGGACUAUUCACUGCCCUCGACAAGGCCAGUGGCAAGAGCAUCAGAGAGCAGAUUCGGCAGACCGGUGGCUACCGUUAUCACCGGACUCGGCGCGAGUUAGAGCGAGGCGCAAAACUCGGGUGCCCCUUCUGCAGCACGAUUGCUUCCCACGACGACAAGCGGCCGCAUUGGUAUCCUCCCGAAGACGCGGAAGUCGUGGUUGAGGCUAGUUUUGACAUAGACCGUGGGGUUUUGGCUUUCUGUGGCCGCAACGGACUUGAGCUGGCCACCGAGCAGUUCAUCAGAACCUCGUCCGUGCAUUGGAAACUAUACGCGCCCGCCGGUGACCCAGUAUCUGCCAUCAUCCCCCAGACGGCCGUCCUUACCAACUUUGCUUCCCCUCAGAGUUUUAUACCUUUCUGCCAGUAUUUACACGAGUGUCUCGCAAGCCACCAAGAAUGCCUGGGCGUCACACCCGUCGAGUUGCCGACGCGACUGAUCGAGCUAUCCCUCCUGGGUGAGCCCGAAACCGCGCUCCUGCAGCAAACGCAGGGAGUAACCGGUGUUUACUGCGCUCUAAGCUACUGUUGGGGUGGACCCCAGCCCUUCGCCACCACGAUAGCUCGGAAUAUGGGUAUACGGUAUAUAUGGGUUGACUCGUUCUGCAUUAUUCAAGAUAGCCAGGAUGAUGUGCGAAGCGAAAUGACCAAGAUGCUCGAUAUGUAUACCAGGGCCCAGUUCACAGUCUCAGCUGCCAGUGCAUCGAGCUGCAAUCAAGGCUUCCUGGGCAGAUUCCCAGACGCCGCUACUGACCUCUUCAAGCUCCCCGUACAUGUUGGCAAGGACAUCAUGGGCUCGGCCUUGAUCUCAAAGACUUGCUGGCCUACGGUUGGAGGACGUCUACAACCCAUCAACAAGCGAGCGUGGACGUUCCAGGAGUCACUACUUGCUCAACGCCUCCUCAUUUUCACAGAAAUGAACAUGCUUCUGAAGUGCAAUCGAGGCUUUCAUUCUGAUCCUGCCAUAGAUAUCAACUAG